UAGACAUGCAUCUAAAACUAUUAAUAUGGCUGACAUAAUGUAGAUUUCUCUCAUGAUUGAAUCUUUAAGUUUGACUUUGAGAUCAAUGAUUACUAGUCCUUUUUUCCCCUAAUAAAUUGUAUUCCUGAUCAUUAUUAUUGUAUUUGUAUAUAUCUCUUCGUACCUAUCUCUGCUAACUAUUCUACUUUAGUUCUGCUCCUUAAUUUGCCUUGCUGUUACUUAACCUCCCUCCUUUAUCUUCCUCCCCCAUCCUUCUGUCUUUAUCCCAUCUCAUUAAUCUACAUACUUUAUCUCACUCCCAUUAAUUUAAACACCCUUCUGUAUCCUACCUUAUUCUAUUCCCUCCUCACUUAUUUAUGGAGUGUGGAAGGGGCUAUACCCUUCUUGGUAUGGGAAUGGGUAGGUGUAGAUGUAUACUUAUACAUAUACAUAUACAUAUAUACAUAUAUGUAUGUAUGUACGUAUUGUUCCCUAUUUAACAAACAAUUCCUACUAUGAGUAGGUUUUCAGAACUACCAGCCCUCCCCCAUUCGAUCUAAUUCCUCUGUGUCAGUUCUUGCUCUGCAACUCAUUGGCAUGGUAUAAUUACUAUUUUUACUUUUUCCUAGAUGGUUUUGCUUUUUAGAGUUAGAUCAUACUCAGUUCUGCCCCAGUCUUUUCUUUUGGACUAUCCAGUUACUAGUGUUAAUCUUAGACAUAUGAUUUACAUUUUCACAUAAUGAAACAUAAACAUAUGUUCUUUUUGAAUCUCUUGAAAUUAGUCUUUGAUGUUGACUCUCACAUGUUACAUUUUCAGGUUUGUUCAAGACAAAAUUCUGAAAAUCUAAGUGUUUCAUUGAAUAUCUUUUUUUCUGUUCAAUAUCAUACCUAAUUUUGCUGGAUUUAAUAUUUUUGGCCAUAGGCCUAGUUUUUUUGAUUGUUGAUCUAUAAUAUUCCAGGACCCAUUAUAGCUGCUGAUAAAGCCUGUACAAUUCUAAUUGUAGUUCCAUCAUAUUUGAAUUGUUAGGGUAUUUUUGUUUCUUGUAAAAUUUUCUUUUUGAUUUAAGGGUUUCAGACUUUAGCAAUAAUGUGCCUUGUUAAUCUUAAAGUAUUAAGUAAAACACGCCACUGUUUUUACUUCUAGACUAUUCUUGAAUAGCCUAGCCAAUCCCAGCUUGGCUGUCUUUUUCUUUUUUUUUCUUUUUUUUUUUUUUUAACCAUUGGUCCCAUAGUUUAGUGACAUUUGUAUGUGCUUGAAAAGCUGCUGGGAUGUUAAAGGGGACCAAUGGAAACGGGAGACAAAGAUAUUUUAAACUACCUGGUUGGAAAAUUUAUGCUGAUGACUUAUGAAUCUGUUUUGUGCUUCACUUUUGAGGAUGAAAAUGGUGGGGGAGCAGUGUAUUUCAUCAAAGAUAAGAAUUCAUUUUAUCACAAGGAAAAGAAAAUGUUCUUGGGAGAUUAUGGUAGGAUGUCAGGAUAGGCAAUGUAGAAGCAGAAAGAAUAUUUAACUAGGAACCUAGAGGCUUGGAUUCUUAUCACAGUUCUAGCUUCAUGUCCUUGGGCAAGCUUUAAAUUUCUUCAUCUGUUAAAUGAGAAUGGGCUACAUGAUCUCUAAGCACUAAAAUCUAUAUGAUUUCAAAAUAUUUUGAAGUAGUCACUACAAAGUCGUAAACAAGGAAUCCAUUUUGGCACUGAGAUGCCAUACCAUCUAUGGCAAUCUUUGAAAUCUCAGCAGGACCUGGAUCUCUUGUUUUGUCCCCAGUUUCUUAUAUGUAAAAUUGGUUAGUAGAGAAAUUUACCCCCAUGCCCAAUGAUUUUGGGCACAUAUAUACAUGCAUAUUUAUGAAUUUAAAUACAGGGUGUCUCAUUUUUAUAUUUCAAAAUUGACAAAAUACUAGUCUCAUUUGAUGUUUACAGUAAUUAUAAGCUAGUAAUUGUUCUUGUUUUACAGAUGGAGACAGAGAUACUAAGUAGUGAGGCAGCUAAGCAGCUCACUUACUGCCUAGUAAGUACUAGGAGAGUAAGACCUGAUUAAGAUGCUGAUUAAGUAAAUCACUUGUUUGCCUCAGUCUCCUUAUCUGUAAAAUGGGAAUAAUAAUCCUGUCUCCCAAGGUUCUUGGCUGAUUCAAAUGGGAAUAGUUGUAAAGCUUUUUGUAGAUUUUAAAGCACUAUAUAAAUGUUUAUUAUUAUUCCCCAUUGUCACAUAGUAUUUGUUGGCUUCAAACCCAGAUGUUCCUGAUUACAAGUCCAGGACUCUACUAUAAAUGCAAUUUUUUAAUAUCAUUCUAGAAGCCAGCCAAAUAUGUCUUUUAUAAUGAGCACAGUCUCAUAGAUUUAUAGAUUAUUGACAAAAAUAUUUAAUGUACUUAAAACAUUAUCUAGCCAAAUCCUUUUUUACAGAUAAGGAAACUGAGGCCCAGAAAGUUUUUGUUGUGUUCUUUUUUUUUUUUUAUUUGCUCAUGCUCCUACUGCCAUUAUGUAGCAAGGAUUAGACUCAAGUUUCCUUAAUCCUACUUUUAUUACAUUUAUCAGAAAACUUAUCUUCUACUCUAAGCUUUGCUGCUGUCUUGCUCUAUCACAAUUCACAACUCCUGUGCUUUAAUUUCUCCAUCUUAAAAUUUCAGAAUCAUAUCUUAAAAUGGGGAAUAGUACUAGACAAUAGCAUCAAAGCUGAUAAUAAAUAAUUACUAGGUAGAAAUUACAAAGGUUGAAAAGCAUGACCCCAAAUGCACGAUAAUACUAUAUAUAAAAAGGAAUAACUUUUUCAGAUGAAAGACAGUGGAUUGGAGAAAAUAGCUAUCAAAUAUUGGUUUGAUGAUUUGGUUUCUUGUCCUCAUAAUUCCAUACUGAAACCACUCUAUCAUCAGACAGUCUCCAUUCCCUAAAAUAAAAGUUGACUCACAUAAAUCUUAUUCUCAGGAUCAGGGGCUAAGAAAAUCAUAUAUUAAUUGAUUUUUAAAGAAUUUUCCAGUAAAAGAAGCAUUAAUUUUAAAAAUAUUUAAUCUUAUAUAGUGCUUUACAAUUUAUACAAAAGUUUCCUUUUGACAUCUAUGCAUAGUUGGUCAUGCAAACAUUAUGUCUCCUUUACAGUUGAGAAAACGCAUACUUGGAGAAAUGGUUAUUUCUUGUCAUAUGGUUAGUGGGAAAGCUAACACCCUCUCCCCCCACACACACCCACACACACAAACCCCACUGCCUUUCUGUCAAACAAAUAUGAGAGACAGCUUUGUGAUCUCCAGAUUACUCCCUGUAAACGGCAGAUUGGAGCCUAAUAUUGAAUUAAGCUUUCUGGGAAGCAGGAAAGUAAGUUUUUCCCAAAUGUGAGAAGUGUUCUUCACAAGCUGCAGUCUAAACAGUUUAUUUUUACCAUAUUGUGAAAGAUGGCCAAAACUGAAAGAUGGUACAAAAUGGUGUCUUAUCUGAGGGGGUUUGGAUGCUCAUGGUUUGGUGAAAGCGUUAGAGAAAAGCUUACAGGGCAACAGCCUAUUCCACUGUUGUGGAACUGACUGACUGUAAAGCUGACUUUUAGGUGAAAAGCUCUAAACAUGGGUAAUAUUUGCAUUUGAAGCAGACUCCCUUCUGCUGGUAGAGACAGCUGGAAGGAGGCAGUUAGCAAGUUUGAGAGAGGAGGAUAUUGUUUCCAGGCUCUCUCUUAGGGAGAGGACUGUCCCUUAAAAAGGCCAAGGUCUCUUAUUUCGUCCAGGGCCAUUUCCAAUCAUCCUGAUCUCUAUCUCGCCAGUUGGAUCCAGAUGGCUCUGGAGGGAAAAGUGAGGCCUUGCAGGGCCCCACCUCACUUCAAUCCAAUUCACUUGCAUGACAUGGUUUCAGCAUCUGAUGUCAUGGUAGUCUUCCUGAACUAAGGGCAAAUAACUACUCCCAACUCUGCACCUCCAAGACCUGGCAAAGCCAGAUUGUCAACAAAGUCGGUGACCAGGGAAAAAACAAAGAAAUCCACUCUAAUACCGUGUUGAAAGGUCUAUGCCAAUGGCCAGGUUUAAAACCUGAGUUAUUCGUGAUACUAUUACAAUUGUGCCUAUGCAGGGCUUUAUGGCUUUGAUAGCCACAGGUGCCUCUUCAUUUGAGCCUUACAAUAGCCCUCUCCGGAGCAGCUAGAUGAUGAAGGAUUAGAGCACCUGGCCUAGAGUGAGGAAGACAGCCUCCUAAAUUCAAAUCUGGCCUCGGACCCUUACUAGCCUUGUGACCCUGGACAAGUCACGUCACCCUGUUUGCCUAUACAGCAGUGAAAGGCGACUGAACAAAUGAAACCGAUUUUAUCAAGUGAUUUGCCCAGUUAGUAAACAAAGGAGGGAGCAUUCAGUUGUGGGUCUUCCGAACCUUUAAAUGUUGCAUUCCUCAGAUUUAAGAGUGCAAGGUAUGGGAAUUAACAGUCUACUCUUGGGAGGGGUAUUAGGCACGCAUGCGCAAUAUAGGACGACGGCCUCGCCCUAGUUCAGGUGCCGACAGGCUGUAAACUAAGACUUCGAAAGGUCCCCGAACAGGUCAGGCGUCUGCGUAUCGCUCCGCUUCUUGCCCCGCCCCCGAGCCGCGUUGCCUCUACUGCGCAUGUCACGUUACGGCCUCCACCCAACCCCCCCCAAUCCUCCUCCCAGCAACCGGCCAAGCUGCUACGGCUGAAGCGAAGACCCGAGUAGGAUUGACUGAGCGCGGACUUCAGGACCAGGUUUUCAGGACACUAUUAUCCUGAUUCUUCCACUGUCUGACAGCUGCUUUUUGGUCUUAUUUUUAUUGGCUGGAUUUUCAUCCAGGUUUAUUUGUUUUGUAAAAAUAUUCUUCAAAUUGAAGUAGGCCUGCCUACACAUUAGGAUUCCAUGUCUUUUCUUGUAAGUAAACCAGAGCGAAUUAGGCGGUGGGUCUCGGAAAAGUUCAUUGUUGAGGGCUUAAGAGAUUUGGAACUGUUUGGAGAGCAGCCUCCGGGUGACGCUCGGAGAAAAACCAAUGACUCGAGCUCAGAAUCGAUAGCAUCCUCCCCUAAACAGGACACCAUGAGCAGUUUUCUGCCAGAGGGCAGGUGUUAUGAACUGCUCAGAAUCAUAGGCAAAGGGUUUGAGGAGUUGAUGACGGUGAAUUUAGCCAGGUACAAACCAACAGGAGAGCAUGUCACAAUACGGAGGAUUAACUUAGAGGCUUGUACCAAUGAGAUGGUGACCUACUUACAGGGAGAACUUCAUGUCUCUAAGCUCUUCAACCAUCCCAACAUUGUGCCAUAUCGAGCCACCUUCAUUGCUGACAAUGAGCUAUGGGUUGUCACUUCCUUCAUGGCAUAUGGUUCUGCAAAGGAUCUCAUCUGUUCACAAUUCAUGGAUGGCAUGAAUGAGUUGGCAAUUGCAUACAUCUUGCAAGGGGUGUUAAAGGCACUAGACUACAUCCAUCAUAUGGGCUAUGUACACAGGAGUGUUAAAGCCAGCCACAUCCUGAUCUCAGCUGACGGGAAGGUCUACCUGUCAGGCCUUCGCAGCAGUCUCAGCAUGAUCAGCCAUGGUCAGCGGCAGCGAGUUGUCCAUGACUUCCCCAAAUACAGCAUCAAGGUCCUGCCUUGGCUUAGUCCUGAGGUUCUCCAGCAGAAUCUUCAGGGUUAUGAUGCCAAAUCUGACAUCUACAGUGUGGGAAUCACAGCCUGUGAGCUGGCCAAUGGCCACGUCCCCUUUAAGGACAUGCCUGCCACCCAGGCCUUUCACAGAUGCUUCUGGAAAAGCUAAAUGGAACAGUACCCUGCCUGCUGGAUACCACCACCAUCCCUGCUGAGGAGCUGACCAUGAAUACCUCACGUUCAGGGGCCAACUCU